CUUGUUGUAGCAACAGUCCCUGAGGACCCAUCGGGAAAACAGAGCUGCGAUCAUCACAGAUGGGGGAGCCAGAGGACCCAGCCCCUCCAGCCCCCAAGGUCGCCCUGGGCCUAGUUGACAGCCGCUCCGAGAUGAACAACUACCGGCGGGCCAUGCAGAAGAUGGCAGAGGACAUCCUGGCACUAAGGAAGCAAGCCAAUAUCCUGGAGGAGGAGAACCGCACCCUGAGGAGUCACCUGACCCAGCAGAGCAUAGAAGAGCAGAGCAGAGCUGAAGAGGAGAACCUGGCAGUGUCCAUGAAGCAGAGGCUACUGCUGAGCGAACUGGAUAUAAAGAGGCUUCGAGACAGGGUGCAACACCUGCAGAAUGAGCUGAUUCGGAAGAAUGAUCGAGAGAAGGAGCUGCUGCUUCUGUACCAGGCCCAGCAGCCACAGGCUGCCCAACUGAGGCGGUACCAGGACAAGCUGCAGAAGAUGAAGGCCCUGGAGGACACUGUUCGACACCAGGAGAAGGUGAUUGAGAAGAUGGAGCAGGUGUUGGAAGAAAGGCUCCUUGAGAGGAAGGAGCCAGCACCAUCCAACAGGCCACAGGGGAAGCCCAGCAUGGCUUUCCCCAUGUUCACAGCCUCUGGCAUUCACCUGGGUCCCACGGGAGAGAACGUGACUGUGGAUCUUUACUCUGUGCUGCUGGCAGAAAACACGAGGCUGCGGGCAGAGUUGGAAAAGAACCGCCAGCAGCCAGCCCCCAUCAUUCUGCAGCAGCAAGCACUGCCGGUGGAUCCCAGGGAGUUGGGAGCAGGUGGAGACUUGGCAGAGAGGCUUCGAGACACAAAUGGCCCAGGCCACUCCAAGUGCACAGAGACCCUGCCAGCACAGGAUCUCCUCGGUGGCACUUCAGACAAGUUUAACCUCCUGGCCAAGCUAGAACAAGCGCAGAGUCGGAUCUUGUCCCUGGAAAACCAGCUGGAGGACUCCGCUCGCCACUGGGCAAGAGAAAAGCAAAACUUAGCCAUACGGCUUCAGGAGCAACAACACGGCUUUGGACACCUGUCAAACCCCAUUACCAUAGACCAGCCUAAUGCUGGAAUGGCCAAGGAUCCCCAACAGUCCUCCAAACUGGAACCCUCACAGCCCAGCUCAGACACGAAGCUCAACAGACCCUCAAACUCCUAAAUUGAGAUUUCUAAUGCCCAGAAGACCUGAGCCUGCAGCUGGCCUCCUUCCCCAUGUGCUGGGGAGUCAUCCCCACCUUAAAGAUGUCUUUAGUAAAUACUGUAACUCAAUAA